AUGGCUGCUGGCUGGAAUGGAGAUCAUGUAUCCAGAGGCAUCAGGAAGGGGGGGAAGAUCUCCCUGGAGGCAUUUAUGGAGAAUUAUGACCCAGGUGUCCUUCCCAAUGAGACUUACCUGCUCUAUGAAAUAAAAUGGAGCAGUAGCAAAAGGGCCUGGAAGAACUGUUGCCAUAACAACCUCAUAGAGCAUGCUGAAAUCUACUUCCUGGAAGAUGUCUUUAAAAAGCAAAGAUCUGAUCCUUCUGACCACUGCUCCAUCACCUGGUACAUGUCCUGGAGUCCCUGUGGGGACUGCUGCAGGGCAAUCAGGCGUUUCCUGAAGGAACAGCCUAAUGUGAACCUAGUUAUCUAUGUAGCACGGCUCUACUUGCACAAAGAGGAACACAAUCGUCAGGGUCUACAGAGCCUGGUGAACAUCGGAGUGUCCAUCAGAGACAUGGACCUCCCAG